AUGGAGCAGGAAGUGGAAGAAACGAAAAACGCAGUGAGAAUAUUCAUCGGAGGAUUGGGGGAGGCGGUGAGCGCCGAAGACCUUCGAACCUUAUUCUCCUCUCUGGGUAGCGUCGAAGCCGUCCAAACCAUCCGAACCAAAGGUCGCAGCUUCGCCUACCUCGACUUCCUCUCCGACCCUAAAUCCCUUUCCAAGCUCUUCAGCAAGUAUAAUGGGUGUCUUUGGAAGGGUGGAAGGCUGAGACUGGAGAAGGCCAAAGAAGACUAUCUCACGCGGUUGAAGAGAGAAUGGGAGCAAGACGCUCUUGAUGAAGCUACUCAAUCAGGCCCCCCAUCUCCUAAGGCAAUGCCCAACACCAGCAUAGUCCCUUCCAAGUCAAAUACCAAACACCUCAAUAUUUUCUUUCCUAGAUUGAGAAAGGUGAAAUCCAUACCAUUCAGUGGAACUGGCAAACACAAAUAUAGUUUUCAGAAUAUUAAAGUUCCUCCACUCCCUGUGCAUUUUUGUGAUUGUGAGGAGCAUUGUAGUCCUCUUGUCAUUAGAAGAGAUAAGCUAUCCAUUGAUGGGGGGGCAGCCGAAAGUGGUGGAAUGAAUGAUGAAGAGAUUAGCAUAAUGAAUGCUGUGAUGAACAAGCUAAUUCAAAAAGAAAAGAAUUUCGGUGCUGAAAACCUGGGAAAGGAGAGGGAUUAUUUUGAAUCACCUAAUGCUUUACAAUCUGAUGAGGGUGAAGAUAGUGCAACAGAUGAAGAUGAUCUCAUUAUUAACAUGGAGACGAAGAAAAAGAAAACAGCUUUAAUAGGGAACCGGGAACUUGAGAGAAUCCUGGAAAAUCAGGAAUCAUGGUUGAAUAAAAGAAAAAUUGCUAAGGAAGAACCCGACAAGAAUAUGCCUCAAGUGGAAAAAAGGAAUAAUAUCAAUCCCAACAAGAAAAAGAAGAGGAACUCACUUCCCAAAUUGGACAUGGAAAGCAAUGCGGAAGUAGCAACAACCCCUGGAGGCAAGGGUAACAUGCAGACCCUUCCAAAUAAGGUGGGAUCUGGUGCACAGCCUACUGAGCCAGAACAUGGUUUUGAGGACUUGACUAAAGUUUCAUGGUCUCAGAAGUCUUCAUGGAAAGAACUUGUUGGUGGCGGAGGCAAUACUUCUUUCAGUGCUUCUCUCAUAUUGCCAAAAUUGGACUCUAGUAAGAAUCAACAAAAAUCUGAUGAUCCGUGUGCACCUCUAUCUACAAACAACAAAACUGAAAACAUGGAAAGGGAUGGACACUUAGAGAGCAACCGUACCAAUACACAAGUGAUAAAAGAUCUUGCUGAAGCUCAACCUACCAAUGAACAAGUGAUAGAAGAUAUUACUGAAAAUCAGCAUCACGUGGCAGCUAAUAAGACAGGCAGAGGAACUUCAUGGCUGCAAAAACAAUCCUGGACACAAAUGGUUGGUGAGAAUAACAAUUCAUUUAGCAUUUCACAUAUUUUGCCUGACAUUACUUUCCCAGAUCCAAAGGCUAAGGAUCCCAUUGUGGAACCUGCCGUUUUCAACUAUUGCAAGGAUAAUGGUGUAGCUAAGGAUACUCUUAAUGAAGAUGGGGGGUUUAAAUCAUGGGAGACUAUACCAGAAAAGAGCCGGCAUGUAGGUGCCAAUGACAUUGCUUUUGCUCCAGUGGCCGAGGAAAAAGUUGAAACAAGUCCCAGGGAAAAAUCCAGUGAAAAUAUUGAAGUAGGCGAUACGUGCUCAUUUAUGAGAAGUGCUGCAUCGUUGAAAGAAUGGGCAAAGGCAAAGGCUGCUAUUAGUGGAUCACUCAAAAGAAAACGUGGUGAGAAGUAA